AAGUCUUAGAAAAUGGGCUUUGACCAAUACUGGGCCGGGUUUCUUACCAGACCCGAACUCUUCUCUCUCUCACUUCCACCUCUUAAACCCAAAACCCUGUCUCUUCGCAAGCAAGCCGUCGCCUGCUUGUCAUUAAAUUCCAUAAAAAAAAACAUGAUCAAGAGGAGAUUUUUUAAAGCAGAGCACGGAGAGAAAGAUGAAGCUUCCUCUGAUUCAUCCUCUUCUUCGGAUUCUGAAGCUGAGGCUUCUGGAAAAUCAGAGGAUGAUGUAGUUACUGAACCAGAGGAAAACAGUGAAUCAGAGGAUGAUGAUACACUUGCUGAACCAAAAGAGGACAAUGAAUCAGAGGCUUCAUCAUCAUCAUCAUCAGGUUAUGAGAGUGAGGAUAGCUCAGCGAAUGCGAUUGACGGUGAUUCAUCAGAUGAUGAAACUGGAGAUGACAGAAAAACCCUUACUGGCAUUAAAAUAUGCAAGAAGCAAUCUAAUAUCAUGGCAAACAAGGAAUCAGUACCAGAUGAUAUUCAAGACUGUAUAUUAAAGUGCAAAUCAGUUUACAAGUGCAGAAUCUGCCCUCGAAUUAUCUGUUUGACAGAGGAGACUAUGAGGGCUCAUCUUAAUUCUAAGAGACAUUCUCGAUCUAAGAAGUUAAUGAAGGAAAAUAGGCUGAAGGUAAUGCUUAACAGUGAUGGGGAAAUUGAGAACAUGGACCAGGAGACACAUGCUGAGAGGCAUGCUCGAACUUUAGCUCUUGCACAGGGUAAACCAACAAAGAAAAAUAAAGGGCGGCAGCGGCAAAGGAAGAGAUUAAAAAAGAGGAAAGAGGGUAAUGCUGCAAGCAUGGAGAAAGCAACAUCAAAAACAAAAAGUCCUCCCAAGAAAAGGCGUAAAAAUGAGAACUGAAGAUUGUUUCAUUUCUGUUUGCAUGCUUCAAGUUUGAAAAAGGGGGAGGGGUGGGGAAAAUUGAUCCAUAGUUUCUGCAUAAUCACUAACAUGUGGUGUAUUUAUGUUGGCUUUUUGAAUCUUGGCAUGAUAGGUGCCAGUUAAGUAUUUAUGUUUCUUUGUCACCUUCAGGUUUAUGUUUGUAAGAUCUGGAAUUGCACCAGGCUCCCUUUUGUUUUGAUAGUACCGACUUUUUGCUUAACUGUGUACUUUUCUGGGAAAUCAACUGGGUACUAUGUACAACAGUGUAUUUACGCU